GGGCCCUACUGUAGUCUUACAACUACGUAUACUUCUUCCCCUCUUUCUCCGCUCGCAUGGGCUCAUGAGUCGAAGAACACAUGGCGGCCAGUUGCUCACACUUUCCUUCUUUGCCUUCUAUUCCUUUGGUGAAUAUUCUGUCGUUCUUGGAUUGGAAAGACUUGCUUAGUUGCUCUCAGGUUUGUUCGCGGUUCAAUCAAGUUGUCUCCAGUCAUCCUGUGUGGAAAUCACUGUGUAAGGAGGUAUGGUUGGUCGAAGAGUGCCCUCCGGAAAGAACAUGGAAGCAGUUAUUUGUGGAAUGGACAGUGAAAUGGGGUCGCUAUGAAUCUUGCUAUGCCUCCAUAAGAAAAGCUUGGAACAUCAUCGAAGACUUUACAAAGUGUCACUGUCCUAGCAUUUAUGCAUCCUUGAACGAUGGACUGUCAGAAGAAGAAAUUCGUGAAACCGAAGCUAACAAACUGAAUGGUUGCAAACUCCCAAAUGACCUGAGAUGUUCAAUUCGUAUCCACAAUGGACAGCAGCUUGUCAGUCCAGGGUUGAUUGGUUCCAUGGAAAUUUCCAGUCACUCUCAAAGUGAAUCUCUUCUGGAGCUUGACACAGCUGCUGGAGCACUCCAGCACCGUGAUGGGUUACGGAACUGUAUUCCAGUUUCCUUUUGUGUGAAGACUGGAAAUGGACAAUUUAUGGCAUUGACACAUGAAGAAGGUCAUAAUCCAGGAGAUUUGUUUUGGCCGAGCCCUGAUCGCAGUGAUGACACUUUUGACAUUUCUCCAAUGAGAAUGCACUAUUUUUUGAGUGGAAGCAGUUUUGAAACCUGGCUGUGUAAAUAUGCAGAUCAGUUGUCUCAGAACUGCUUUCCAGUUAUUAACAAAGAAAUUUACAAGUUCUUGUUUUCUACCUCUGCAACAACCCAGGGAAUCAAAGUUACCACCACAACUGCAUUUGUUCCCGAGCUAAGCAGUGUCAAACCUCCUAUGUUUUUCUUCACAUACCGCAUAUCAAUUUCCAUGGAUCCAGAGUGUUCUGAGCUUAUGAAUAAAUGUCAGCUUACAACACGUCACUGGUACAUAACUGAUGCAAAUGGGAUCAAAGAAGAGGUUCAUGGUAAUGGUGUGGUUGGACAGUAUCCAGUAAUGACCCCAGGGGCACUCCAUGAGUACAUCAGUUGUACAACAUUUUCUACCCCCACAGGGGUCAUGGAAGGACAUUAUGUCUUUAAAUAUUUAACAAAGGAUGGGAGAUUUAAUGUAAAAAUACCUCCACUACAUUUCAAGAGCCUACCUUUUAUAGUUACUGAGCAGAGAUCGUCAAAGUUGCCACAAGGCAAGUGUGACAAAGAGUAAAAUUUCAGAAAGAUCGGAGAGUGAGGAAAAUUUUUCAUGAAACAGUACAAUGAAUGAAACAAUGAUGUUCCAGCUCACAUGUUCUUCUUGCAGUUUACCCAUUUGUCUCAACUUAUGUCAGCUGUGUAGUCCAUUUAUUGAAAUUCAAAAUUUUCUUUAUUCAAAAGUUCUGUUAUAGUAGAAGAAGAUAAUCAAAGAGAUAAGUUCACUAGAAAUUGGUGUGAACUGGUAACCAUUUCUGAAUUUGAUGUGGAAGGGCAAUGAGUGAAUGGUAAUUGACAGUCAUGUAAAAUGUUAAUGGCAUCAUUUGAACACUUCAGCAACAGAUGCAAGCUUUUACCCCUCUGGUUUAUGUUACAUAUCUGAUGAGAGUGACACCAGUAUGUUGCGGAUAAAAACAUUCAUUUGUUAUACAGGGUCAUUAUGAAGUUAGUGAAAAUGUUUUCUGUGUUGAUCUGAUAACUAUUACAAAAUUCGUAGAGAUUGAAACAUAGAAUAGUUAAUAAAAUAUCUGUUUCGCUCAGAAA